GCUGCACUUGGCUUGCUCAAUGCCGAGCAUCCCUGAAGACUGUACCAUUGGAAAGUGCAGCCAAAUGUCCGCCCGGUUCGGAAUAGGUACCCAUGGAAACGAAGCAUUGGAGAUCAACGAGAACAGCAUAAACCGUGUGCCCCGCGUACCUUGCUAAAAUCCAGAAGCAGCAAACCACCACACACGGACUGACUGCAAACGAACCAAAGCAGCCACACACUCAUCGCCAUCGCCAUCACCAACGUGAAGCGAUACACAACAUGGACUUCCUAAGCCAAACACACCACCAAACUGCUGUCCGUAGGUCGUCCGAAAUGGCUCAUUAUCAGUAUCCAUAUCAUCAGAUGCUGCAACCAGAGCAAUUCCUAUCCUCCAAUGUCGAGCCUCAACUGAUGCCAUCGCAUUUCGCAUUUGACCCGUGGCAGAAUGCUGAUUUCGCGAUGGCGACAAACGCAAAACUCUUCCUCGGAAACGGUGAUUUUUCGUCUGCUCCAAUCGCCCAGAGAUACGCGGCCCGCACGCCCUCCGUGUCGCACAGCGUAGGCCCAAGACGCGUCGAUGCAGCCACAGCACCCCUCGACAAUGCCAUCCAGACUGGCUCACCGUGGGCGUCAGCCGACCCAACAACUCCAGUCGGAGGCGAGACCAUGACUGGCUACGUCCCCAGCCCCAUGGGCACAUUCAGUAGCGCUGCUAGUAACACAAGCUUUCCUCUCACGCCAGAUGCUGUGAACUCGGUCGCAGGCUUCGAUUGGCAGAACCCCGACAUUAUGACGAGUCCUGGUGUGUCGUUUGGUGUCGAGGCGUGGCCGAUGAGGUCAUCAUUUGACAAAGGCAGCACAGCCGAAACAAUCACAAUACGUGCCGGUCUGCCUCAUAUGGCAACUCCGCCGUUAUUGGACGAUGUUGCUGGAGUCGUAGAUGCGGAGACCUUCGUUUCUUCCCCUAGUUAUUCACAGCAGAGUGUUGAAGGCGCGCCAUCCGGUGUUGACAGUCCGUUGCAAACCCCCGGGCUCGACCAGUCGCAGCCUGAAAAGACAGAAUCCAGGAAACGUGGCAGGAAGAAGACUCCUGAAUCCGCCCGCAAAGUGUGUGGUCAAGAUAACACCACUCCUGUACCUGCAUCCGGCCGUGCGUUGCGGACCGCUGCCCGCAAGGUGGUGCGCUUCAAGUCGGCGCAAAAGCCCGGAGAGUCGGCAGAAGAGCGUCGCGCCAGAGUAAACCACAACCAGGUUGAGAAGCAAUACCGCAACCGCUUGCACGAGUACUUUGAUAACCUCCUCAAGGUGCUUCCUGACAACCCUGGCAUGAUGGAGCCCAAAGCCGAGCCCGAGAACGAUGAUGAGUCGCAGUCGUCUUCGUCCGCAUCGGGGCGGAAAUCGAGGAAUUGGAGCAAAGCCGAGGUCCUAGAGAGGGCAUGUCAUCACAUCCAUGAGCUCCAAAACGCGAAUGCCAAGUUGAUGCAAGAGCUGGAGACCAAGAGACGCGAGUCGUCCGCUUCGUCCGUUUCGCUGCCAUUUUCAAGCUGAAAUGCCAGCUGAGAGAUGUCUAGUGAUCGGUUAUUUUUUUUUUCGGUACAUGAGCUCGGAGGGCCAAUAUCGACAUGGAGCCUCAGAUGUUGCUGCUGUCAUGUCCAUUUUUUUUUCUAUAUAUAUCUUUUGCUUCUUUGCCAUCAUUUCUUCGGGCGGGCGUUGGCGUGGUGUGCUGUUUUGUUUUGUUUUGGAAUCCUCAGGGAUCUGGAGUCUGGCGUCUGGAAUAAUGUACCUAUGAUAUCUUUUUCCUCUGUUCUGAACAAUUGUUUAAUAUGCCUUCCAACUAGACCGAG